AUGUCAAAUUCAAAAGAUAAUUUUUCAAUUAAAUUUUUUCGUGCAUCACAUCGUACUGUUGUCUCUCACAAUGGAUUUUUGAAUACACGUACUAAACGUACAAUAGCUAAAGAUCGUCUUAUUGUAGCUGAACAACGAGCUCUUGAAAUUGAACGACAAAAAUCAGUUAGUAAUGUUCAAUUAUUAGCAUUCGAACAAAAACAAUUAGAAAAAAGAUUACUCUCACUUCAAAAUCUUAGUCAUUCUCGACGUGUACAUAGACGUUCGAGCAGUGAAGUUAAUCUUCAUAUUAUGGAUCGAAUCAUUUCUUUAAAUGACACAUUAGAAUUAAAUCAAUCAAAAUCAUAUACAAAUUUAAAUAACAAAAAUAAAAAUAUUUUAUUUCUACCAGCAACAAAUAGUUUAAGACGAAUUGUUUCCACAUGUUCUGAUGGUGAGUUAUCAGCAAAUCAAGUUUUAAAAAGUGACACCGAAAGUACCGAAGAAGAUGAUGAAGAACAAGAAGACGACGAAGGUAAUUCAAAAUCUACGAGUAAGAAAACUAUUCAACCACCUGUGACAGCUGUUAUUUCACCGGACGAAGACAUCUUACUUCGUGUUCAAUAA